AUGGAUAAUGAUGAAGAUGGUCAAAGUAAGAAAUUCAUCGUGGAAACUGAGACUGUGGAGGCCCCAGAAUCCAAUUUACUACUGAGUGCAAGCAAUAAAUUACCAGGAAACAAUGUAACUUCUGUCACUGAAACCGACGUGUCACCUGAUAUUACCACUUCCCUUCCGAAUAAUCCUAACUUGACUACCACCAACAGUAAUAAUAGCGCAACGUUCGAUCGCAGUAGAGGUGUAGAGCCUUCUAUACACAGUUUUCAAGAUGAUCAUAUUAGCGGUGUUUCAGAAUUAAGAAAUGAAUCUGUCUCUUCUAACAUUAUGCCACAUCUUGAUGACAGAAGAGAACAAAAUAAAGUUGAAACGAAUUCAAGCACAUCUCAUAAUACACUUAUUGAUAACAAUCCACUUUCAACUCAUUUGAACCAAUCCUCAUUAAGAAAUAAAAAGAGUAAGUUAUUGGUAGAAUCGCCGCUGGUGCCCUCCGUGAAUAGAGAGGAUGAACCUAACCAUACCAAAGAUGAUUUAAGUAAAAACCAAUUUCCAAGGAAAAGUAAUAUAAUAGAUGACCUAUUAAAGGUAAGUGAGAGACCUACGAAAUUAAAUAAUAAUGAUGCCGAUAAAAAUAGGACACUAUUAAAGGUUAAAGAGUCGAUAAAUAAAACAAAAAAUGAUGCAGAUAGUCCCGCAACAACUAGAAGCCAGAGUACUAGUAAAGGGAAACAAUUAGUCAAUAUGGAAACCCCUUUAAUGUUGAAUACCUCUAAGCCCGUACUUAAAGAUGAUACUUCAGCAGUGAACGCAAGAAGCAGUGUGGAUCAAAAACUUGAUAAUAAUCCAAUAAAAAAAAUAAUCGAAAGGCCACCAAUACAGUCAAUGAAUUCGAGGGAGGUUCUCUUGACACCAGACGCGGGUAAAGAUAAUAAGCAUCCAAAAAUUUCAAAUCUUCAUAUGACAGCUUCUUCGUCAAGUAAUAGUAAUAAUAGUGAGGCGAAUCCAAAGGAAAAGAAUGUUCCUAGUAAAAACUUGGCCUCUACUGAGGAUAUUCAUUCUCAGUUUGGACUGGAUGGCAGUUCCCAGAAACCAACAAAGGCCGAUUUUUUCGCAGCAAGAUUAGCUUCGGCAGUUGGUGAAAAUGAGGGAAGUGAUUCUGAAGAAACUUUUGUAUAUGAAUCAGCUGCCAAUUCAACAAAAAAUUUGAUUUAUCCAAAUGCAAGCUCGGUGGCCUUAAAUCUUACAGCAAGUGGUACUGGGAAUGCUAUUUCCUUGGCGAAUAACACUAAUGAUGUGCAACAAAACAAAGUCCCAGGAGUGGCGCCGAAGAUGAGCGUACCUGUUUUAAACAGCAAUAAAAAACUUAUGAGCAGGCUGAAAAAUACAAGGCAUGUAAGUACUGGUGGUAUGCCAGCUCUAUCAGCAAGUCAGCAACCGCCAGUUAUCGCAGCGGCACCAUCAAAUGUGGCUUCAAAUCUGAGCGCAGUGAUAAAUGCAGAUUCUGUAACAUCAUCAAACGCGCCGAGGAGUAAAGUUCAUAGUAAUAGCCACAAUAACAGCAACAAUAGGAAUAAUGAUGAUAAUAGUAAUAAUAACAAUAAUGUAGAUGAAAUGACCAGUCUUCGGUCGAUAAGCCAUCAAUCGUAUAAGCCAAAUGAUGUACGAUCGAUAAGAUCUUUUAUUUCUGAGCAACAGCAUGUUUCUCCCGACAGGCAUAAGAAUGUUACUGGUUUCACGCAUUCGACAAAGGAUACUAAGCAUCUCCAAAAUACAGCCCAACGAUCUUCUUCAAUGAAGCCUUCGUACUCAAAUUUAACUUUGAGGCAAAAUAUUUCAACCAACAAAAUGAACCUAGAGGAUAGCGCAAAUAACUAUAACCCAGACAGCAAAAGAGUCCUAAGGACAACUGUGUCAAAAAUUUUUGAUAGCAACAACACGCCGCUAAGAAGGUACUCUGGAGUUCCUGACCACAUUAAUUUAGAGGACUAUAUAGAGCAGGCCAAUGAUUAUAACGUAGUUAAUAGUCAUCAAAAUCCACAUAACAGUAACGGAUCAUUAAUGCACUCUAACAGCGUUAAAAUAAAUAGCUCUUAUCUAACAAAUAAUAAUGAUUCGAGACGGAUGGUGAGCAAUAGUCACCCAACUAAUGAUAAUCACGCAACGUGGGGUCCUGUGGAAAAUGAUUAUGGCAAUGGUAGUAAUGUUGGAAACAGCACCAACAAUGACAACAAUUACUAUUAUAAUGAACCCAGUGCAAUUGAGGAGGUGGAAGAGGAGGAGCAAUUUAAGCAAAGCCCCGCGAGCCAUACAGCUACUAAAGAUGAUAAUGACGAGCAUUCUAUGUUUUACUACAAUCACAGGUCAGACUUGGAAGCAAGGCCUCAAAUUUCAGAUUAUGAAGAUGACGAUGGUGUUGACGUUGUUGAUGAAGAAGGGAUAGAUCCCCGUUAUUAUCAUCAGGUUCACGGAAGUCCAUCACAUUUUCAAGGUUAUAAAUCUAUGAAUGGGUAUUAUGACUAUUCUUUUGCGUCAUCGGCCGAUCAAUAUCCAAGACAGAACGUUAAUGAGUAUACACCGUUAAAAGUAUCACAACAGCCAGGUUACCGAAGAAAAGUUUCGAGGAACCAAAUAGACUAUUCUCCUCAUAAUUUCUAUACAAAGAAAAGCACAUGGUCCAAGUUAAAACAUUUUAUCUACUUUUCUUUUAUUGUAAUAUCUCUAAUGACCGUCGGUUUUGUGUUUGGUUUCACAUUAGCAACUAAUAAAGAACUGCAAAAUUUUGACAUUGUCUUGAUCGAUAAUGUUAUUUCUACAAAAGAGGAGUUAAUAUUUGAUGCGACGGCUUCAGCGUUCAAUCCGGGCUUUUUUACCAUCUCUAUUUUUGAUGCUGAAUUAGACAUAUUUGCGAAAAGUCAGUAUACCAGAGCACGUUCUGGCGACAAAAGUAAAGAAGUAGAAACUAUUUUACUCGGAAGGGUGAAUGAGUUAGAUAACCCAUUGAGUUUCCAGGGUGGAUUCUUCAAUAGAAAUUAUGAUGUUUCGAUGUCAAGUUUCAGGAUAUUAAAUCCAGGAUCUAUCAAAGAUGAUGAAACUGAACUCCGUGUAGUGGAAAUACAAGAUGAUGACAAUGAGAAAAAAUGGGGAAGAUUAAUUAAGCAUGAUUAUCAGCUAAUUCUAAGAGGAAAUUUAAAGUAUAGGAUACCUUUUUUCAACAAUGAAAAGUCCUUGGCAAUUCAAAAAACCGUAGAAAUAUCUGUUGAAGAUGAAGGUGAUACUAUUAUGCGGUCAAUCACCAUAUAA